AUGUCGCUGCAGCUGAGCGCCAGCCGCCCUCGGCAGCUGCAGUACAGCGCGACGGGCCUGCGCCGAGACCUGCGCCUGCUGGAGGUGGACGAGGCCCUUCUAUCUGAAAUCGCACGUGACGGCGUGGUUAUCAAGGGCGGCCACGGCGACGACGCGGUGCUGUGCACGGUCGACAAGACGUUCGCCUUGAAAUACGUCGAGACCACCAACGCGCUGCUGCUGGUGCCGCCAGACGCGGGUGGCGAUGAAGAGUUUGGGGGGAUGAGGAGCCUCACACCCCCUGCGGACGCGAGCGGCCAAAGGGAUAUGGGGCUGCAGACGCAGCUGCAAAAGGCGGCGACCGCGGAGUGCGCCCCUCCCCUGGUGGCGACCGCGACUGCAGUGGCGCACAUAGAGGCGGUGCGCUGCCUGCCGCGCCUGGGGCAGCUGCGGGAGCUGCUAGGCAGCUGCCGCCCCUAUGGCCUGGAAGACGAGCAGGCGGACGAUAUGGACGUCGAUGCACAGGGCGGUGGUGGCGGCAGCAGCGGCAGCGGCGGCGGGGGCUGGCGUGACCGGCUGCCGGCGGCGGGCGGAAGCGGGGGCGGCGGCGGCCAGGCAUUGGGGUUCACCACACAGCAGCUGCUUGAGCUGGUGCAGGCCAGCCGCGCGGAGCUGCUGCUUGAGCUGUCGGCGUUGCGGGCAGUGAGCCUGGGGGGCAGGUGGCGGCUGGUGGAGCCCGCUUACCUUGGGGGCCUCCUGGAGGUGCUGCUGCUCAGCGCGACGGAGAACGGCUGGCCCCUAGACGCCAUACCCGUUGAGGAGGCCUGCCGUGUGCUGGCGGCGGACGGGUACCGGCCCGCACUGAACAGUCGUGGCUGA